UCACCAAUUAUCAAAUUGCCGGCGCUAUCUUAUUUUUGAUGGCACACUUUUCCACCACCUCCAGCACACCACUGCCCACAAUCGAAGCUCUAGGGCCAGUUAAUGCAUUGGACUACGCACAACAACCAAACGAAGUGUUGCCAAUUCAACCAUUACUACUAUAUCCGAUGUCACGGAAUUUACAACUGCAGGGACGGGAGCUUGAUGAUGAGGACAAUAACGUAAUUUAUGUGAAACUAUUGAAGCGUAAAGCCUACCACCCAACAAAGCUGCACACCAAUGCAUUAUAUGAAGGAAGCAAUGUGCCGCGUGAGCUCACCAUGAAGGACAUUUUCUAUGUGAAAGCGCUAGCCAAUGGUCAAUUUAGUCAUCAACGUCUCAAAUUAUAUCGACUACCGGAAUUCUAUGCGAUAAGCGUAUUCCACAAGGGAGCAAAACUGUGAAAAGCUGCAAACCAACA